AGCGCGUCCACCGUCUGCACCAAGUGGGUCGGCGCGAAUUAUUAUGGUAAGCCCAUGCGGUCGCGCGCGGCUGAGCUCGGCUGCGACGUGCGGCAGAUGACGAAGACGAUGCUCGUCGAGAACAAGCAGUGGCGCGGCGACGACCCCUUCGCGCGGGAGAACGCGAAGCACUACCUCGUCGUCGUCCAGUACGCGGCGGCCUACGACGCGCAGCGCAUGCGUUCGGCGCUCUCCGCGAGGACGGGCCUCUCGAAGAACCAGUUCAACUUCCGCGUCGCCGACGAGGCGACGAUGGCGGCGCUGUCGGGCUUCGAGCACAACGCCGUGACGCCCUUCGGGAUGGCGGAAAAGCGCGUGCCCGUGGUGCUCGCGUCCGCGGCGCGCGACGCGCCGGGCGGGUUUAUUUGGAUGGGCGCGGGGCACACGGAUCUGAAGCUCGGCGUGACCGUCGCCGACUUCCUGAAGCGCUUCGACCCCCUGGUCCUCGACGUCUCCGCGCCGCGCGACGAGCGCGAG